AUGCAUAAGGAAGUCGGUCCUUCGGAGGAUGAGAUCCUUGAGGGCUAUGUCCGUUUUGCCUGGGUGCUAAGAGAGAGAAAGCGUCAAAGAGGAUGGUUUAAUCCGUCCUCUCGCUGCCAUAAUGGCACUCCCAUAUUGAAGGACUCAAACUUGAUUUCGACUAUAAGCAUCCAGCCUGCUCUACACGGUUUAGAAGCCUGGAGGAGCUUACCUACUAUCUCGUUGACACGCAUUGUUGGUGCCCUAGGCGGCAAUCGCCUAAAAUACGAAAGUGGACAGAUUAAUCUUUAA